AUGCUUAAGGAAGAGAAUUCAGAUAUGACAGCGGUACCGACCCUUUUUAGGAACAAGCCUGGCCCGCCUCCGCAGUAUCGUCAACUGAUUUGCCUGGCUUGUGGGAUACAUUUCAGCUCUUUGGAUAACUUGACGACUCAUCAGUCUUUCUAUUGCACAAAAAGAGAGACCCGAUCGCCUCGAAGUGCACCCGAAGUGACUCGGCCUAGCUCAGGUCCCGAAGGCGGAUGGAAGUGCCCGUGUUGCGAGGUGGUGUCGCCGACGGCGGUGGCGGCGCAGCGGCACAUGGAGGCGCACGCAGGAGUCAAAGCGUUCCGCUGCACCAUUUGCCGGUACCGCGGCAACACGCUGCGCGGAAUGCGCACGCACAUACGAAUGCAUUUCCGUGAGAAGCCCUCUGAUCUGCAGGAGGAAAGCUUCAUAUCUUGCGUGCUAGAAGAAGAGAACCGGGAGACGACAUCGCCUAGUGGAGCCGCGGUGGGUGGCGCGACAGGCGGCGCGGUGGGCGGCGUGGCGAGCGGGGAGCGCGUGCACCGCUGCGGCAGCUGCGCCUACACGUCCACGUACCGCGGUAACGUGGUGCGGCACGCGCGGCUAGUGCACGCCACAGAGGAGCCCGACCCCGAAGAGAACACAGCCUCACUUCCCGCCACGCUUCCCACACUCGACAUUAAAAAAGAACCCGAAAAUGAUAUAGAAGAAACUCCCAACCACUGCAAAUCAUGCGAUAUAUCAUUUAAGUACGUAAACACAUUUAAUGCUCACAAGCAAUUCUACUGCCCCGCCGCGAAGUCGCGCGCACAAGAUUCUCCCGCCAACAACAACGUGCCCGCACCUCCCCCCGCGCGAGUCACUGACACACCCGUACUAUAGACGUACAGUGUUGCUAGUUUAGGAUAAUAGAAUAAAAAUCAAGUUAUGUUUUUUAAAAGUACCAGCUUGAUAUACGCUGGCUUAAGCUUUUUCGUUGCAAAGAUACAUGUCCAGAAAAAUCUUUUAUUCUUAUUCUAAUAUUCUAAAUUAUUGAUUUAACGUAUUUUGAUAAGCUGUUCGAUUUUAUAAUGCUGGUAAAAGAAAAUACUAAAGCUUGACAAAUAUUUUCCUUAAUAAUCAUUAUAAUAGGUCAGUAAGUGUUGUAUCCUCUCAUUUCUUUUAAAUAAUACAUAAAUAAUGUGCAAUAAUAUAAAUUGAUUGAUAAAAUGAUUAAAUUAAGAAACUUCUGCAUAUCAAAGCCAAAUUGAUGUUUUGAUGAUUGAUAUAUCGAUGUAACAUUGAGCGAAAUUGAUGAAUGAGUGAAUGAACGAUAACAAUCUCGGUCACUGUACAUAGAAGGCCACAUGAUUUUUGUUGUUAAUCUUGUUAUGUAAAUCUAAACUUCCUUUGUCUUAGUAUACGUUUAAAUACCAAACUGUAAAUACUUGUAAAGAUAUUAUCGCGUCGUAAUUAAAUUUUAUUACCAUUUGUUCUAAGUAAUUGUUCUCUCUUUGUUGUUAAUUUUGUUUAAUAUUAAAAAUUAGUGUUAGGGUGAAUUUUAUCUACUCGUCAGAAAUGCUAGUGGCAGAUUUCAUUUACCUAAUGGUUAAAAAUACUAUAAUCUGUAAUUCACUGUAAUACCUAUCGAUUGAAUUGAAAACAUAGUUUUCUUAUGGAUCUGCAAACUAAAUAUUUAAAAAUAAACAAUAGUAAAAAGCUGUUUUCUCAUAACUUAUCUAUCUGAUACUGAAUUAAAUUAUCUCCUAAUAAAUCUAUAAGGUGUUGCUACAACAAAAUAUUGUAAUGAAAAACAUUUAGAAAAUAAUCUUUGAUAUCGCUUAUGUAUUCAGAAAACAAUUCACAUUGUUAAAUAAUAUUAACCAAUUGAAUUUAUUUUAUAGAAAUAUAAUUAUUCUCCGCGUUUCUAGAUUAUGAAAAAUACCAUGUUUUGUCAAUGCCAAAGCAUCGCUAGAGUAAUUGUAAUUUGCAUUUAUAGAUAUCUCAUUAAUUAUAAUUAUAGAAUUAAGUAAAUACAAGACUUAUUCCUUAGAUAUACAUGUUACGUGUAUUCAAUUGUCUUUGUCUGUUCUUUUUGGAAUAAGUCUCGAAUUCCCAAAUCGCAAAAUAAGGGUACAAAUUGAAGAUAUCUGUUAAUCUUCCAAUUGUGACGUUAACUGUACAGUCGACGAUAAAAGUGUUUCAACUCCUUUGCAAUCUCAGAACAUGAAAGUUUUAUUUAAAGUUUUAAUUUAUUUUAUUUGUUAAAGACACUUUUCUCCGCGACUGUACAUGUCUUCCUAGACGUAAACCAUCAUGACAUUAAUGUUAUUGUAUCACUGUGGGCUUUCACUGUUAAUUUCAUUAUCUAAAAAAAGUUUUGGAUAUUAUUUGACAGUGGAAUCACAUCGUAAUGUUCAGCGCGAAGCAUAGCAUCUGAUGUGACGUGCCAUAUCGCUGUGUUUUUAAAAUAGUUUUAUUUAAACGUGAAGACUCGAAUAUUAUGGCAAUAUGUAGAAACUGCAUGAGUUUUUAAGGGUGAUUGUAACAAAAUUGACGCUAAAAAUUGGGCAAUUAAUACGUAAAAAUAUUAAUUGUAUAAGUUGACAAUCUUCUAUAAUAUAUAAUCCGUAAGAUUUUUACCGCUCCUCUCAACUGCAAUACAAAACCAAAAGUCACCCGCGGUCAAGGCGACCAGCGUGGACGCCUCACCUCGCCCUACGUUAACGCCGCUACUCCUAUUAGGUUAUUGUUCCAUAUUCACCCUUAAGUUCUUGUGUUUAAUGAAAAUACAUCAAUAAAACCUAAUAGCAUGUUGAGUGAUAAUCCAUAUAAAAUGAUGUAGACAUACAUUGAUAUUGUAAAAUACGCCAGACAAUAAAUUAUUUAUCACAUA